CCAUAUUCCUUCCAUUUUACAUGAUUUAUACGUCGAAUCGGAACUUUACACAUUAACAAUAUAACAACUGGAUAACAUUCUACUGGGCUGAUAUUAUUUUAUUCGGAUAUAUAGUCUAAUUACUACAGUAACGGAGUUAAAAGGCGUACCGGAAGUUCGAAAAUUUUAAUUUAUGCAAGAAUUUACUCUGUGAAGUCAACAACUGUUGAAUAGGAUACAUUCGAUACAGUUUAUUUGAUUAAAAGUGAUUCAUUGAAAAACUAACAUAGUUAAAACUGUUAAACAUUCACACGCAAGUAAUGGCAGAAGGAGGUCCUUCAGAUUCAGUGCUAGAUGAUGCUGAUAGUGACGAUGAAAGUGUGAACACAUUCAACUGUAUAAAUUCAACUCCUGGAAGAAGUUCCUAUGGCAAAAGUCAAAACCCAAAACAAUCGACUCCUCAAACUAAAAAGAAAAAAACUGAUAAAAAUGUAUCUAAGAAACAAAAACAAUCAACAUGGUCAUGGAAAUUUAAAAAUCGAUUACCUUUACCAGGAAAUGGGAAAAAAUUAUCUCGCCCGAGUGACCAACUGAGCCCUGAAAUAUCACCUGGUGAUAUGGGUGCUACAUCUGGCCCUAGGAAUGAGCCAGGUGCAAGUGGUUGUGUAUGUACAGGUUACCGGCACAAUGUAAGUUCAUCUGUUGUUCUUGGUGCCACUGGUUCUGGAUGCGCUAGUGAACAAGACCGCUUCUUUGCCAUGAGAGAUGAACUGAUGCAGAUUGUUCCUACACCAGUCAUAGAUUUUGCCCGCUUUAAUCCUGAUGAUUUUCCCACAUUUGAUAUUGAUCAAGUUCAUAUCGAACAAAGGCGGAGAGAAAUGGAAGAAGGUGUUGAUUAUGGGACAAGCUCUAAUCCACAACAUAAUCAGUUUCCAUUGCGAAGAUUUGCUGCUAAUGAGCCAAGAAUGGGUGGAAUGGGCAUGAGUCAACAUGAACAUCGUCGUAGAAGUUCAUUUGAUGAGCUGAGUAGUAUUUUACAAACUGAAUGCUCCAUUUCACCCACAAACAAUAGAAACCGUUCAACGUUUGGAAUGGGUGCCCCUGCAUUACCCAGAAGUGAAUCAUAUAAUGAGACUAGUAGAAAUGAAUAUGGAAUGGCCCAGCAGAUUCCCAGAACUGUUCAUACACAAGUAGACUUUAUUCACUGCUUGGUGCCAGAACUAAAUGACAUUGCCGCCUGUAGUUUCUAUUGGGGUGUCAUGGAUCGUUAUGAAGCUGAAAAACUUUUGGAUAAUAAGCCAGAAGGAUCAUUUUUGCUGCGUGAUAGUGCCCAAGAGGAAUUUCUUUUCUCAGUGAGUUUCCGUCGAUAUGGUCGAUCUCUUCACGCUCGUAUAGAACAAUGGAAUCAUCAAUUCAGCUUUGAUUCGCAUGACCCUGGAGUAUUUUGUGCGGGUACAGUGAGUGGCUUGAUAAAGCACUAUAAAGACCCAAGCUGUUGUAUGUUUUUUGAACCAAUGCUUACCAUCCCCCAGCAUAGAUCAUUUGCUUUCUCCCUCCAACACUUGUGUCGGGCAACCAUUAGUUCAAAUACAACUUAUGAUGGGAUUGAUUGGUUACCUCUACCACAAAAACUCAAAGAAUACCUGAAGUACUAUCACUAUAAGCAGAAAGUACGAGUGAGGAGAUUUGAAACAGCAAACUCUCAACAUGUUUAUCCUGCAAAAUUUGAAGUUAAUUAGACAACACCAUGAACAGAUGAAUAAAGGGUUUACUUAUAAAUGAUUUUUGGAGAAAAAACUGUGAUAAAGUAUUUUCAUAAUUAUAGUUUAAGUAACCAGGUCAAUGAAUUGAAAUGAAUUAAAAGUAAUUGUUUACAUUUGAACUGUUGGAAAGAAUAUGUGAUAAAGUUAUUAGUCUUGUCUCAAGACUGUGUGCCCCCCCCCCCUCCCUGUGUACUUAACCUUUCCAACUUGAAAGUGAAAUAUUAUAGGGGGAUAUCCAGUCUUGAAGCAAGACUAGAUAAAGUGACUGUUCAUUGAGUUUUGAAAGAAUGUGACUUUUAAUUUGAAAAGGAAAAUCAAUAAAUGUUUAAUAACAUUUAUUUGGGAAAGGUCCGGAAGUGAUCCAAUCUGAAAUGUUUUGUUUUUUUUAUAUUGAAGUCCAUGUGCUUCUAUAGUUUUAAGAUAUCAACCAAUACUCCAAGAAGCACAAAGUCUACCGUUCUCCUCAUAUAUGGUUGAUGAAGGUUGUGCCACUAGGCCUAUGUAAACUCAUUCACGGAUCAGAAAUGGUAGGAGCAAGACUCAGAUUUGUUCCCUUAAAACAGGAAAGGACGAUUCUCGGUUUGGAGAACAGUCUCCUGGGCUAAUAAUUUUUUUCAUGAAAAAUAACAGAAAUAUUACCCAAAUUAAACUAUGAAUAUUCAAAAGAGGACAUUUAAAUCUACAAGAUGUAAAAAUAACAAAUUGGUCUGAAGCAGGGAUAACGCUCAAUUAGACCGAUUCAAUGAAAUACAAGUCUCGAUUUGGGGAAAGAAGUUCAUCAGUGUACUGCGCUAAUAUUUUAUGGCGAAAAAUCUAGAAGUAUUACCCAAAUUAAAUUAUGACUAAUUCAAAAGAAGACAUUCAAAUCUAUAUUAUGUAAAAAAAUCAAAUUUGUCCAAAGCAAGGAUAAUGCUCAUUUAGAUUGAUGAACUUCGUUCUCCAAACCGAGAAUCGUCCUUUCCAAGCUUUACUGUAAAUGUAGAAUUUCUAUAGGCCUAUGCACCACCAUGAUUAACCAUGACAUCUCAGCCAUGUUAUGUGUCUGUGAAACGGAAAGAUGUGAUGCGUAUCUGAAUGAAUAGUCUACCUGAAAUCAAAAUCACUGGCUAUGCCUGUUUAUUCCAAUGAAUUCUUUAAAAUGUUGCUCCUGAAUGAAAAAGUUACAUGUUGAAACAAGCAUGAUUGGCUCCUAGGGAGACAACACAAUAUUUUACAAUAUUUUCUGACAUUAUGACUAUAGCCCAAAAAAUUCGAAUUAUCUCGAUCACUUCUUGAGUUUUUGAAAUUUUUGAAAUUUUUUGUAAUAAGAUUAAAUCUUAACAUUCAAAUUCUGAAGUGAACAAAAUGGCAGCUGUUUGAAUUCGAAUUUUGUAAUUAUGACAUCUCCAUAUAUGGCAGAAUAUCGAGUUGGAACCCUGGGAGCCAAUCCUCCUUGAUAUUGAAACCUUGACAGUUUGCAGCCGUAGUGUACCCUGAAUCCUAGAGAUAAGUAGUAAUAGCUACACUCUGAAUAGGAAAGAUAUUUUUGUUUUAUAUUGAUUAAGAUGUUAAUGACACCAUAGGUAGCUGUCAUGGCCUUGGUGCCCAUAGCUAACUUUUUCCAAGGCUGGUUCAGUUUUUUAUUUAAAAAUCCCAAGGAGGGAAAUUUUGGCCUAAAAUCACUUGAAAUGUGGUCAAAAUGCUUUAAAAACUGCUAGAAGACUGCUAAAGAAUUUUAAACUGGGGGUUCGCUUUUUAAAAGGGUUGAAGCUCCUGGACACCUGGAAGUUAAUAACAGAAUAAGACUACUGAACACAUCUUUUAAACAUGUUACUAUGGUGACAGUACCAUAUUUUGGUACUUUCACUAUGGUAACAGUACCAAGGUUUUGUGAGUGAGAUAUUAUGUGAAUCAUAUUUUUAUAAUUUUAGAGCAUGUCCCUGUUUUGUUUUUAAAAGAUAUAUCUAUAAUUUGUUUUACUUCAAAUUGUUAGAGUUUUCUGCUUCAAAGUAUAGUCUGUCUAAAUAC